GAGAGGGGUGGCUGGCCGGCGUGGGCGUAGAUGCUUGAAUUGCAACGAUGGCUGAUGACUCAGGUGAUGUGUCAUACUCUGAGCUAUAAAAGGGAACAUUUACAUUUUGUCCACACAAACACAAUCACACACACACACAUGUACAGCACUCACUGGACUCAGAGGGACUCUUGUUUACUGCAGCCGGAGCAGAAGAUGAAAUUAAUUCAUGAGCCCACCUCAGGCCUGUUCCACCUGCUGCUGCUGCUGACCCAACUGUUGGUUCGGUCCUCGUCGUUCCCCGCCCACAGCUCGGAUCUCUGCGCAGCGUUCGGCUCCAUGAUCCAUCAGCUGGAAAAGUUGUUCAACGCCUCCAAAAAAAUGCACAACUUGACCAGUGAAGAACUCUCACAUUUUUCUGAAGUUGAAGACAAACUGAAGGGUCUUCCCAGCUUGGAGCACAUUGCCACACAUUUCAGGUCCCUGAAGGUUAACGAGUCCCUCCUGCAGCUGCACAAGGACACCGAGUCCUUCAGGUUGCACGUGGACUGGCUGAAAGCUGCUAAAGAAAACUUCAGUUUGCCCCUCCUGGCCGACAGGAGCGCCGGCUCGAGCCUCCUGCAGCUAUCAGACCUCAUCAGGAAGUCUCUUCACAAGAUAAACCAAGAGGUUCCUGAGGUGUCGAUUCCCGUUUUUCCCGACGUCUCCAACGCCUUCGACGCUCUGAUGUUCUCCGUGGAAAUCUCUGAACGGCUACAACCGUUCUGCCGUUUGUCAAAACGAAUCUUGCUGCACAUCUGCCCCAAACACCGCCCCAAAGCAGCCUUAAACAGCUGAUCGUGUCCUCACAUGAAACCACUGAUAACUCCAAGCUGUUGCUCCAUCCUGCUAGUGGACUACCUCAAGGUGGCAGAAUCGGCCGAUCCAAAGCCUCGUGGCUGACUGCAACGAGCCAGGAACAGAUGUCAUUAAAAUCGAUCAUUCUGAAGCCCGUCGAGCCGCUUAGGUCGAAAGGGUUUUGGUUCUUUAAGGUAGAAUCAUGGAUUCUCUCAAAAAUUCACAACAAAAUCUUACAUUUUCAGUUUUCAUGAUCAAAUUCCUGCAAAACAAAACUGUUCAGCAUUAAUUCUUAAUUUAGAGUUUUAGAGUAUUUUUAUUUAGGCCACAUUACGGUGUUACUUAUUAGCAUUUAGUUAAAACCAGCGGUAGCUGAAACUACAAACACAUGUGAAGCAGAAGCCGAAAUAUUUCCUUUAUGCUUCUACUUUAAUGAGAUCUAUUCAAUAUUAAUGUCUAAUUCCUCAUUUUCUGAUGAUGCAGCAUCACAUAAAGACAUUUUAUCAUUCUGAGUGUAGCAAACUGACACUUUUGCUCCAAACUUUCAGUUUACGGCCACCUUUAGCAUCAUUUCUACGUUUAUUCCUCCUAGAGCCGUCACAUGGACUCCAGUUAAAGACAAACAAGAAUGUAGAUUCAUCUCGUUUUUUAUUUUUAAACCAGUUAAAAUGUACGGAUGCACUGUGCCGAGGGACUGUCACCUGUUACCUGUCCUCCCACUGAGACUGUUUACA